CGAUAGAGGGCAUAAAGACAACACACAAAGACAACCUUGCUCGUUUCCAUCCUACUAAAAUGGAAUAACUUUUACGUCUUUAUGUCUGACGGAUUGUUUUGGGCUUUUAAAGGGUCUGCUUUCUUAUUGGUUGCGAUUGGGCUUCUUCACUACGCCAACAGAUGGCGCAAACAAGCCAUCUCAGCGUUUUUAUCGAAUAGAAGAAGACUUCACUUUUUUUAGUUUUGUGUUGACAGCAACUAACAGCUAGCAAUUAGCUGCUUGUGUGAAGAUGUCUGCUGCAGAAGACGACACUGAGCUGAGGGAUCUUCUCAUCCAGAACUUGGAAAACAACGGAGUUCUAAACAAGCUCAAGGCGGAGAUGAGGGCUGCUGUGUUUCUGGCAUUGGAGGAGCAGGAUCGUCUGGAGAACAAGACACCGUUGGUCAAUGACAACCUAAAGAAAUGUCUCAACACCAAAGAUGGUCGUCUGGUGGCCAGUCUCAUUGUGGACUUCCUGCGAGUGUUUCAUCUCGACUUUAGCCUGGCCGUUUUCCAGCCGGAGAUCAACACGCUGAGUGGUCUGGACAGUCGUCAGUUGCUCUGCAGCGAACUCGGCCUGUUGGAGGCAGAGCUGAACACUAACUCACCUGUGCUACUGGAGCUCGUCCGACGAGGGCGGCACAAAGUCACGUCCAUCAUGGCCGCUGAGGUGGUGUUGGACGAGGACAGAAUCACUUCUCCACCUGUCAACAAGCAGGUCGCCAUCUCUGGUGGCGAGGAAGAGGAGCAGCAGGACUGCGAACCCGUUAAGGAGGUGGACAGCAGGCCCAUGUCUUUAGCUCCUGACCUGCGCUUGGGCGUGGAUGUAGACGGGGACAUGGAGGAGCACCAGGAUAAGGAUGAUUCCUUUUUUGAUGACCCUAAGCCUAAACCCCAGAAGACCUAUGGCUGGCAGGGGGACACUGGCGGAAGCAGGCAGCGUCCACCAGUCUUGUUGGCAGAGGCGACACAGAUACCAGAGGGAGGAGAAGGAGGAUGCGCAUCAGAAAAUAUUCACACAUCAAAUUCCAGAGGGAAAGAAUUCCGAGACCACAAGGUCUGCAGCAAAGCUGAUCCAGAGGACGAUGUUGAAUAUGACGACGACUUCAACAGCAAUCGGUCUGAUCUCUACAAGAGCGAGCUGAGCAUCAGCGAGGACAUCGAGGAGGUUUCCAUUGAGGGACCCGAUAACAGCGAAAAGUUGGAGUACACAGUGGACGAGAGCAUCUCUCAGCUGAGCCACAGUCAUGGUGUGGACUACAUGGAGGAGGUGGCCUGAUGAUCUUCUUGUACAGUUUUAAUAAGCCAAUAAAUGUAAAGUCACUUAA